AUGGAAAAGGAGCACCAGCCAGAUUCAAUGGCGACCAUCACAAUGAAACCAGAGUAUCCACCAUCAGAAGUGUACAGUGCUUCUGAACCACCGCCGGCUUACCGUCAAAGAGCAUCAUCAGCGGUCCAAAUCGCGAGGAUUGCAGCUCUAACGGUGGUGGCUUCAUCAUUUAUCCUCGGUUCAUUUAUACUCGCCUCCAGCUGGAUCGCCGCACGCGCCUCUUGCCACCAACUUGAACAGCUGGAUGCUAUGCUCGACAAGGAGUUAGCUCUAGAAGGAAGACCAUACGGAAACGACGGUUUACUUGCGGACGAACCAUUACCGAUUGGAAACGCUCACGCCCUGCAUGCACAGGCUCCACUAGCCCCAUCAACAUCUGCUCCACCACAGCAGAACACAGCCGCGCCAUCGCCAGAUAAUCUGUUGAAAGAAGAUCCACUAAAUCUAGCGGAAUCUAAAUUCGACGAAGAUAAAUUACAGAAAAUUGACGAAGACAACUCCAAGUCCGAAGCAAGCGAUGAAAGCUCAGAGUCCGAAAGUUCGGGAGAGGACGAGGACGAAGAGCUUAUUAGACCGCUGUUCAAGUUGCCAAUCCAAUUUGACCUAGACGAGCUGGCGGGUGCUUUCUUGGCCAAUAAUAAUCAGAAAGGGCGCAUGAACUGUGUAGUGGAAAGGCGUCACGAAGACCCGAUCGAGAGACGAUUCCCAUUCAACAUUCUCGGAGCUUUCGCCCCCAGAGCCACUCAGGCUGAACGCGUCGCCAUUAUCUGCCAUGGAGGUGACGAAAGACCCAUGCCGAUGUUCCCCGAUCCCCAGUCGCAAGUGUUCGCCUUCCCCCUGUCAGGUCCUGUUAGGCUGCCAAUCAGACCUCAGCCAGAGAGACCAUCGAUGCCAGCACAAGCCCCCGAAGCCAGAGCCCAAUACUCCCCUCUCCCUCAGAGUCGCCCAGUGCCAUUCCCGAUGUCGAUGCCAUGGGAUUCAUAUGAAGAGCAUAUGAGCGGACCUCGUGAAAUGCGCAUUCGUGUUCAAAGCGUGAUGGCUAUCCCAGCGAACAAUGCGCCUUCUUCGGACAACAUGGGACCCUUCGCGCCUCCCCCAAUGCCCCAGAAUCAAGAACAGCACGAGCAGAGGAUGUACUCUGAGGAACAAAUGAGCGCCCCCCGUGGUAUCCGUGUGAUCGCAGUGCCCGCUCCUCACAACAUGGUGCCGCAGCCAGAGUCAAUGGGACACUUUGCUCCACAACAACAAUCGCAAACCCAGCAACAGGAUCAAGAUGAGCAGCCCGCCGUCCUUCACCAGUUCGUCCCUCAAACAGCUCCGACUCAAGAAGUGGAACAGCCUGAGGUCCAAAAGAUGCAAAUGGAAGGCAGCCCAGUACAGAUGAACUUGCCCUACGACCUGACGCAGGACGACCUCAGAUUGAUCCAUCGCACCGCGCAGGACGCCAUCGCCAAUCAGCGUCGUGAACAGCAAAUCGACAAUGAUAUGCAGGAGGUAAAGACAAUCAUGAAUACCCUUGCUGCUGCCGCUGAAGCUGAGGCUGAUGAUCAGUCCCGCGGUGAGGAACAACAGCAAUCCGAGGAGAACUAUACGCCAUCUCAGGACGCACCUGCGCAAGCGCCGCGUGUGCCUCGCACAUUACUUUUACCGCAAGAUAUGGACGGCAGGCCUCAUUACAUGCAACCGCGUUCCGUGCGAAGUGUGGACGCUCUGGUGCCGCAAGAAAAACGCGUAAAGCGAUGCGCUUGCAGCUGCCGCUAA